GGUAGCACUGGCGCAGUCACAUCAUACACGACGUAUUUGGCGGGUGGGGAAGCGGGAUUGAAAAUCGCUCAAGAUUGUAUGUUGUAAGUGGCAGAUUUGAGAUCAAUAGGCUCAGAUAUGCUUUGGCCUAGCCUCUAUUAUUGAUUUGUGCGAGCGGGACGCUGGUGCCGGAUGGCAUGGAGAUUGCUCUUCAAGAAUUCGAUUAUAGUGAAGAAGGAACUGCGGGUCUCCUUUCGAUCUGAACGGUCUGCUUGGCUUGAUCGUUUGUCUCUACUUGAGCUGAGAUCUUCGGUGGUGGGUUGGAGGGGUAGCUUUGGACUGUUGCACUUGACCAGUGGUGUCAUAAGACAGGGAUCGAAAGAUACGACGGGCUCAAGAUAUGUUUCAACAGAUACUUUCAUACUUUGGUACGAACUGCGAAGAAGUCGUGAGGAAGCUGUAUGGAAAUGUGUAAGCGUCGGGUCGGUACUGAAGAGCUUUGGAAGGAGCGCUGUAGUAAGAGGUCGGAUGGUUGAUGCUGGAUGCAGGCGAGGGAACAGACGACGAUGGGCUUCCCGUAAAGGUAUUGUAGAAAGGGUUAAUGCUACGGAGUAUGAAGUUUUCGACCUGCCAAGUUAUGAUGCGCUGAUUCGUGAACUGAGAAGGCUUUUAGCAGAGCUGUUUGUCGGAUACUUUGCGGCAGGCCGAACAUUUUGCUUCUAGCAGGCUCUAUUGGAAUGUUACUGACGUACGGAGAUAGCGUCUACGCAGACCUUGAGGGCUAUGUGUGGAAAAGCAGACCAAGUCUACUUGAAGGCGGUUGUAAAGCAUUUCCUUCAGUCCUGCGUCUGCUGGAAAUUCAAGUUGAGGCCGAUAUUGACAACUGUCAAGUAACAGUCGCACUUUGCUUGCCGCAACGAUUCCGGCAAAGCAUCCUAGAGGUCACCUGAGCAUGAUGCGACCCUCUUGUACACUC